GAAUCAACUCAAAAUGGAGGAAGGAGAUUCUCUGCAUAGUGUUAACCUGAAUCAACUCAAAAUGGAGGAAGGAGAUUCUCUGCAUAGCGUUAACCUGAAUCAACUCAAGAUGGAGGAAGGAGAUUCUCUGCAUAGCGUUAACCUGAAUCAACUCAAGAUGGACGAAGGAGAUUCUCUGCAUAGUGUUAACCUGAAUCAACUCAAGAUGGAGGAAGGAGAUUCUCUGCAUAGCGUUAACCUGAAUCAACUCAAGAUGGAGGAAGGAGAUUCUCUGCAUAGCGUCAACCUGAAUCAACUCAAGAUGUCCGCUGCUGUUUCUUUACCCAUCUUGAGACUCCACAGACUAACAAAGGUUCAACUGUCUCUCUGCACUCCCAGACUUAACCAGAACAACCCGAAGAAGAACAACAAACCAGGUAGAAAACCAACGAAGAAGAAAAACACCACCAGCAGAGGAAAGAAACAAUCCACAGGAAAUGGACACAACUCUGCUGACAGUGAAAGUGUUUCUAGCCAGGUAUCAGUAGUUUCUAGACAUCAGCACGGCCCGAAGGGAAGCAAAAAUAAACCCAAGAUCAUUCUCAAAUUCUCCCGCUCCAUCUUGAGGCCUGACGCAGCAAAACAAGAGGUGAAACAAGAGAUGGACGAGCUGCCUGUCGGUACAAGAAGUGAUGAACACUGGUUGAACUCUGUGAAGACAGAGAGCUACGACCCAGAGAUGGGUAACACCAGGGGACCUACAGAGAGCGACCCCAGGACAGAUGCACAUUACUUGGGUAUGAAGAUGAAGGAUGCUCCCCUGUACCACCAGGAUGAUGGGAGGCAGCUGCAGUCGUCUACCGUUCAGCCAUUCAAUCCGGCUGCGUUGCGGGCUGACCUGGAAUGUUGGCCUCACAACCAGAAGGUCCCCAGGUUCCCGUGUCCAGACUGCGGCCAGAAGUUCUCCUCCAAAAUUCAGUUUAAGUUUCAUUCCCGGAGCCACACACAGUACCGGCCGCACUCCUGUGAGGUUUGCCAUAAAACCUUCUCCCGGAAAGGCAGUCUAGACGAGCACCGACCAAUCCACGAGGUGGAGCGCCCCUUCGCCUGCCUCCAAUGCGGCAGGACCUUCACGUUCAAAUCCAACCUGACCCGCCACAUGCGGUUCCACAGCGACGCGCGGCCCUACGUCUGCCCCCAGUGCGGCCAAAGCUUCAAAAUCUCCGACCACCUGAAGAGCCACAUGACGGCCCACAGUGGGAAUAAACCGUACUUGUGCCCGGAGUGUGGCCAGAGUUUUGUCCGUUACAUUAGUCUGAAGUAUCACCGGCUGAGCCACACCGGCGAGCGCCCGCUGUCCUGCCCAGAGUGUCCCAUGACUUUUGCCCGGCCGCACACCCUUAUGAUCCACCGGCGACAACACAGCAGGAAAACGCUGUUCUCUUGCCAGGACUGUGGGAAGCAGUUCAACGAGGGGUACCAACUGAAAGACCACGUUACAAUGAAACACACAGGGGAGAAACCUUACAAAUGCUCUGAGUGUGACAAGUGCUUCAUCACUUCGGCGUCUCGUAAAGUACACAUGGUUGUCCACACAGGAGAGAAGCCGUACAAAUGCACAGAGUGCUGUAGGAGAUACAGUCAGAGUGGGCAUCUAGCGCAGCACAUGAGGAGACACACAGGGGAGAAACCAUACAAAUGCUCCGAGUGUGACAAGUGCUUCAUCACUUCGGCGUCUCGUAAAGUGCACAUGGUUGUCCACACAGGAGAGAAGCCGUACAAAUGCACAGAGUGCUGUAGGAGCUACAGUCAGAGUGGGUCCCUGAAGAGGCACAAGUGUGAGCAGCAAACCAGGUGAGAGGAACCUCGGGGCUAUGCCCCAAAUGGCACCCUAUUCUCUAAAUUGUGCACUAGGGCCCAUAGGAUUCUGGUCAAAAGUAGAGCACUGAAUAGGGUGCCAUUUGGCACACAGCCCCAGUGUUCUGAGUGUAGGAACUGGAGAGAACUGGAAAGCGGGUCCUUAAAGCAGUACAGCUGGAAGCAGCCACGUAGGUGAGAGGGUUCUCAGGUGUUUUGACGA